AUGAAUUACGCGAAAAUAAUCAAAUCUAAAAGUAAGAAAAAAGAAACCUACAGAAAAACUUUGGACGGACAUACGAAUGUUGAUCCAGAUGAAGAUUCCACGUUUAUUAAAAGACAUGAACCGGACACUAUAGGUCGGACAAAACGCUGGAUUUUAUCAAGUGGAACCGAUGUGGGUCAAGUAUUGACCAUUUAUAGAUGCCUAAUUCCUGAAUCACAAAGAUGCAUGAAUCCUGUUUACUGGGGAAUCCUCGAUCUCACCGGUACUCACCAAGAAACAAAACAACUCUUCUCUCCCGACGAUUGGACUGAGAUGUUGAAAAGUUUUGAAGAUGAAAUAGAAAUUAUUGAAGAAGAUAUACCUGACGCUGUAUUUUUGUUUUUCGAUGAAAUUGAGCAGGUGAUAAAGAAUAAUGAGAAGAGUGAGGAUAUUUUAAUGGGAAUUGACGAGAUAUCUUCGCAGAAAAUAGAAGCAAAGUACGAGAUCACACUCGGUGAACAAGAUAAAGCCUAUAUUUUUGAAAUCAAGAGAGCGGUCUUGACGUAUGCAGAGAACUUGGCUGAUGUUAAUCAACCGAUUUCGGAGUCUGCUUUUGAUAAUUUAUUCACAAACAUGCUCACAAGAAGAUUUCUCGACAUGACCGAAUUGAAAAUAGACUCGGGAGAGAUCUGUUCCUGGGCUUCUGCUCAACGACGUAACGAAGGUCACUUAAUUACACUCCGUGCCCGAGUGGGACAAAAAUGUGGCUUUCGAGGAACGUUAAAACACAGUAUAAAUGAAUUAGAAGCGAUAAUAGGCCUCCGAAGUGAUGGUCUCCUAGAACCACAUCGUAAAAAAUUUUUUUCGGAUAAUCUUGACUUGUCUAUAACGAUGAGGGAUAUCCUACACGCAUUUUUCAACUCUAAUGUAAACGCUCCGGAUGAAGAUUUACAUAAAAUAUUUGUUCUCGGAGUUCAAUCAUGGGGCUGGACACAUCAGAUUGUUGCUAUGGAUUGCAAAGGAACGAACAUUUGUAGGUAUGGGAAGUUGUGCACAACAGUCUUACCCAAUUCCAUAAGAACACUUGCAUGUAUAGAAAAGUUUUAUGUGGAAAUGAAAGAUGUUAAGGCUACUCUCAACUACAUCUGCAAUAAAGCAAAUGACAUUGCUUUAUCCCAUGCUCGAGCACAUAGAAAACGAAAGGGAAAGGACCAAGAAGAACAUGCCAAUAUCGAGGUUGGGGGCUAUUUGGGCAAAAUUACUGAAUCACUCUCAAAAAAAUCACGAACAUAG